AUGUCCGGUGCAUUUACCCGACACUUCCCCGACUGCAUUGCGAAACAUGGAACAGGCGACCGAGGGACACUCCAUACCUGCGAACUACGCACUACGCAUGUCCAAGUUCAGGUCCAGCUGAAUGGCAACCUAGAACCAACUCCUCCAAGACACCAAUAUACACCAUCGAUACCAUCGGCACCUAAGAAUGGCUUAAUUCAUCUCACCGACCUCGACCUCAACCUCCUCCCGCUGACCCACGACAUCCUCGGCCUGGCUGAAUCCUCCGAACGGCCACAUUAA